AUGCACAGUGCGAUCGUGACGACCGAGAAAGGUCACGUGCUCCUCGCGCGGUACUUUCACGCGACGACGACCGAAGAGAAGCGUGUGUAUGAGCAAGCACUCUUCGGAGCUGUGCCGUGGCCUGCGCUCGCGUCAACUGAGUCGGCUACCGGCGACGCUGCGUUCUUGGCUGUGUGCGACAGCCAGUACGUUGUGUACCGCAAACUUGGGGACCUCGUGUGGUUCCUAGCCGGUGGUCUGGAAUAUGACGAGCUUACUUUGCACGACACACUCGUCACGAUCCAGGCCGUCGCUGCCACCCACAUGGAGAAGCGUUGCACGGAAGCGCUCUUUCUUGCUCAUCACUCGAAGAUUGUUGUCGCACUUGACGACAUGGUCCAUGAGGUAGCAUGCGACGCUUGAAACGCUGGGCGUAUGAGGCGACUAGGGUCAUCUCGAUACGACAGAGGUGCAAAGUGUGCUGCAGAUGACGAAGCUCAAGCCAUAUCCAACCAGGGUUUGAUUUGCACGAAUCACGUGUAUAUAUAAUAGUCCGCUACCACUCUAAUCACAAUGAAAGAUCUUGUAUGCCGGG